GAUGUGCUUAUUGCCGUUAUGGGGUGAGUUUAUGCGAUUUCUUUUAAGUCGGGAAACCCCCGUGUGUGUGUAAAAGAACGUACUUGCUGACUCUCGGAGGUAGAAUGACUGGGUCUGGCAAGACCACGUUCAUCUCCAAGGUCACUGGACGAAAGGAUCUCAAGAUUGGCCACAACCUCACGUCUUGCACCCGCGACAUCGAGGUUGUCGAAACCAAGAUCAAUGGCCAGACCGUGCGCUUCGUCGACACGCCAGGAUUCUCGGACACGCACCUGUCCGACACUGAAGUCCUGCAGAUGAUUGCCGACUACCUGGCGGCGGCGUACAAGCAGAAGAUGAAGCUCUCGGGCAUCAUCUACCUGCAUCCCAUCUCGGACAACCGCGUGACGCACCACUCGACAAAGAACCUCGAGAUGUUCCGGUACCUGACGGGCGAGAAGAACCUGAAGAACGUGGUGCUCGCGACGAGCAUGUGGGACAAGGUCACCGAGGCAGAGGGGACACAGCGCGAGCAAGAGCUCAAGGACAAGUUCUGGAAGCUGCUGCUCACGUUUGGCGCCAAGAACGUGCGGCACAAUGGCACGCCCGAGUCGGCCGUCGAUGUGGCCAAGCUGCUGCUCAAGAACGAGCCCUUCUAUCUGCAGCUGCAGGAGGAGAUGGGCAAGCACAACCUGCCGCUCAAGGACACGAAGGCUGGCGGCAAAGUCAUGGAGCACAUCCUGCAGAUGAAGGCAGAGCACCAGCGCGAGCUCGCCGAGAUGGACAACCUGAUCAAGAGCUCGGCGCAGGAGAGCAAGACAGUCAUCGAGGCCCUGCACGAGGAGUACCAGCGGCAGGUCGACGCGCUACAGCAGACGCUGCAGGACGAGCGGCGGAUGAACGAGCAGGACAUCCGGCGGCUGACGGAGCGGAUCAACGCCCUCGAGAGCAGGGGCGGGUGUGCUGUCAUGUGAAAUUGGGGGGUUGUGUCCCGCUGUGGAAGUCUGUGCGUAUCGCUGUGCCCGUCUUAGAGUCCCCCUAGCGCAAUGCCACCAGAUGAUAUCCAAGAUUGGACCGUGUACUAAAAUGCAUCUUGGCACAAAAUAAUUCAAUGUCUCCAG